AUGGCAGAGGGAAGAAGUUCUAGUAAUGGUGGAAAUGAUUUGAAUAAAUUAGUGAGGCAAUUGGCAGCAGUUGCCCAACAAUUCGCAAGAAACUCAACUGGUAAUGGGGAUGCUCAGGGGGAGCUCUUUAAGAAGGUGGCACAAAGUAAGCCACCAACAUAUCAAGGGGAGCCUGAUCCUAUCAUAUUGGAAAACUGGUUGAGGGAAUUUGAGAAACUAUUUGAAGCUGUGGGAUGCCCUGAAAACUCAAAAGUGAGUUGUGCUACUUACUAUCCGAGGGGUGAAGCUGACCUUUGGUGGCAACAAAAUGAGACUACCAUUAGAGCGCUACCUGGGUUCAAUUGGGCUAAGUUCCAAGAGAAAGUGAGAGACAAGUUUUAUCUUAGCUUUUUGCAGAAGCAGAAAGCUGAGGAAUUCUCAAACCUUAAGAUGGAAAGGAUGUCAGUUACGGAAUACUACACCAAGUUUAUUGAGUUGUCCCGUUUUGUUGAAGAGUUUGUCGCUACGGAGAAAGCAAAAGCUAGGAAGUUUGAGAGUGGUUUAACUACUAAUUUGCAGUUAAAGCUGUGCGGACAAGUAUUUGAGACCCUGGAUGAAGUAUAUGGAAGGGCCGCACACCUUUAUGCAUUGGAGGAGAAGAAGAAGAAGGAGUUAGCUGAAAUAGAAGGAAGAGAGAAGAGGAAGGAAGUAGGGCAGGUUUCUGGUAACCAGCAGGGAAACCUGAAUGGUUUUAAGAAGCAGAAGGAGUAUGAGUGUUUCUCCAAGAAUAGCAAUGGGAACAGGCAAAACAACAAUAAUUCAGGAGGAAACCAGAGGAAUUUCCAGGGGAACAUCAACAACUUUACUGGGAAUAAGGGAGUGCAACAGAAUGGAGUGAAGAACAGUAACACCACCAGUGGGAAUAGCCAACAGAAGGGUGGAACUGCAGGGAAACUGAAUGUUUUGAGUAGGCAUGAGGCGGAUGCCACGAAAGAUGCUAUUACUGGUACUUUUUCUAUUAACUCUAUUCCUGUUAAAGUAUUGUUUGAUUCUGGUGCAACUUUUUCUUUUGUUUGUAAGGGUAUUGUUUCAAAACUUAAAGACUGUUUAAAGACAGUAGAAGUAGUAGAUUUACCCAUAACCAUUUCGACAGGUGGGGUAGUGAAAUGUACCAAAACCUUUAGAAAUGUGCCUUUAGAAAUAGAAGGAAGGACAUUCCCAUAUGACCUUAUUGAGUUUGGGCUGAGUGACUUUGAUCUUAUUCUGGGAGUGGACUGGUUCAGUAAGUAUAAUGUUGAGAUUAGUUGUAGAUCACAGAAAGCGAAGAUGGUCACAAGUGGAAAUGAAUUAGUAACUUACUGGAUGAAUGGUAAAACCAAGUGCCCAAGGUUAAUAUCAGUGCUAAAAUUAGCAAAAUACAUGAAGAAGGGACAUCCAGUAUAUUUAUGUAGUGUUAGGAAUAUGGACCAUGAACAAGUGACAAAUCCAGAAAAUAUAGAAGUAGUCAAUGAAUUCCUGGAUGUAUUUCCAGAGGAGAUUCGUGGAAUACCACCUAAGAGGGCAAUCGACUUUACCAUAGAUUUAGUUCCCGGAACAACCCUAAUAUCCAAGGCAACAUAUCGAAUGACACUUGCAGAAAUGAGUGAGUUAAAGGAGCAAUUGCAAGAUUUAUUGGAAAAGGGAUACAUUAGACCAAGUGCUUCUCCUUGGGAGCGCCAGUUCUAUUUGUGA